AAGGGGUAGCUUGUUGAAUUGGUAAUUCAUCCUUAUUGUUCCAUCAGCCCCUAAACCUCACCAUACUAGCCUCGGUUUUUGGCUGCGAUUCUUCGUUUCCAUAGUUCACUCUGUGGUUUUUCUGAAUCUCCCAUUAUAUUCUAAUUCCGGAUUCGAAUUUGUGUUCCAGAGGGAGGGUUUUGGAGUUUUGAGUUCCUUCGAUCAUCUCUUGGCUUAAGAGGGUUUGAAGCAUGAAAAGGGGAAUUGAUUACAGAUAAGUUUGAUUUUGGCCAUGAUUUUUAUGUCUUUGUUUUUCUAAAAUUACAGCGAAUUUGGUAAACUAUGGGUUCGGAACAGAACGAUGGCACGAGCUACCAGCCAUCGGAGCCGAAGAUCUGCGCGAACAACUGCGGCUUCUUUGGUUCUGCCGGUACUGAGAAUCUCUGCUCUAAGUGCUACAGAGACUCUCGAAUCGAAGCAGAGCAAGCGGCUUCGGCAAAAGCAGCGAUGGAGAAAUCCCUUCAGUCGAAAAUCUUAAAACCGUCUGAAGGUAAUUCUCCGGUCGUUUUCACCGAAUCACCGGUGGAAUUAGCUUCAUCGACAUCGUCCACUGGAAUUCCCCUCAGCAGUUCCAACAAAUCGCCGUUGCCGGAUGUUCUUAACCGGUGCCGGAGCUGCAAUAAGAAGGUGGGAUUGAUGGGGUUCAGGUGCAAGUGCGAGAGAACAUUCUGUGGGAUUCAUCGGUACCCAGAGAAACACGACUGUUGUUACGACUUCAAAAGUAUUGGGCGGGAGGAGAUCGCCAUGGCCAAUCCUGUGGUGAAGGCCGACAAGGUCGAAAGGUUCUGAUUAGGGAUUUGGGUAUGAAGUGGGUAAAUUCUUAGUGGGUUUGUUGCUAUGAUUCAUCUUCUGGGUUCUAUUUUGCGUCUGUUUGUCUGGGCUGGUUGGGUUUACGGUGGAUUUAGGGAAGCUCUUUGCUUGGUUUGCUGGAAACUUGGCUACUAUGAUCAAUAAUAUGCAGUUUGAUUCCUUGCGA